AAUUGAAGGGCAAGCGAAAAUGCUCCUCCUUUCGAACUUUCCCAAGGACCUUCUAGGAAGAGAGACCCAUUCCUGAAAAUAAACAUACCUUCUCAUUGGCCAGACCCUGCAGAAGGACCCCUAAGUCUUGUGUUACAAAUCCAAGGCCUGGGAUUUUAAUCCUCGUGAGCCCCUCCCAGCAUCAGCCCUCCUCCAGAGACUCCUGGACAAAAAUGUUGUGAAAACUAAAGGUAUGCUUCAUCUUUAAAGAUUAAAGAAUGAAUUCCUUGGAUGGUGAUACAGUCUUACUCCUUUGAAGGGAUGUAUAAUGCAUUUCAUGAAAGUACAUUGAAGCAAGAUUUACAUGGCACAAAAGGAUGACAGACUCUGAGCUGGCCCCGAGGAAUGCUCUGCGUUUCUUAUCAACUUUGCCUUCUCAAAAGGUUCCUGAGAAAUCAGAUCUUGUUCUUCGCUGCAUAAUAUCUGGUCAACCCAAGCCAGAGGUAACUUGGUAUAAAAAUGGCCAUGCUAUCAGUGAAUCAAACAUCAUUUCCAAUUAUGAAACCUUGGAGAAUCAGUAUAUUCACAUGUUACAUUUAUAUAGCUGCACCAAAAAUGAUGCUGCGGUUUAUCAGAUCUCUGCUCAAAACUGUUUUGGAAUGAUUUGCUGUUCAGCUUUUAUUGAAGUUGAGUGUUUAUCAGAGAGCCCACAACUCAACCCUAACCUGAGAGAAGAUGCUGCUAGGGGCUGGAAGAAUAAGACUGAGAUGUGCAAGGACAACUCACAUCAAAUUGAUGAAAAAGAAGAACUUUUCCAGAAGGAAGGAAAUGGCACUGAGGACAAUUCUACUCUGUCUGGUUCUUCUUUUCCCAAAUUCAGAGGUGCUUGCUUAUCACAGUUACAGUCCAACAAUGACAAUGAGUCACAUAGUCCUGAAAAAGACACAGGUGUCAAAAUCACUAUUCAAACUCAAGAGGAUUGUUCUUAUCACAAUUACACAGAGAAAAAUGCAUUUGAUUUGCUUUUCCCUAAAUGCAGGGAUGAAACAGACAGACUGGAAAAAUGUUGCAGUGGGCUGGUACAUUCCAAACCAUCAAGGUUAAUUGAUGACUGUAUGGCCAGUUACAGUCACAAUGAUGAAGUCUUACCAUCUAGUCAUCAAGACCCCCAAAUACAGAAAUAUAUUACCUUUAGCAUGGCACUGCCUGAGGAAACCACAUGUAUUUACCCAGUGAACAGCUCCACAACCAAGCAGAAUGUCUCCCCAGAAAUUUCCAGUGAAGAAUCUGACACAGAUUUUGAACUUUGCCCAGAGAUAAACCUAACCUGCACGGAGUUUUCAGAUGAUGACCUUGAGUAUUUGGAAUGUUCCGAUGUUAUGACAGAUUACUCUAAUGCGAUCUGGCAAGAGGACCUCAGAGGGAAUGACCCUGUCUUUUUAUUAGAAAGAGAUGACGAGGAGACAAAAUUCAGGGAGGGUUGUCUGGGUGGGUGUGAGCAUUUCCACAGUGAAAUGGCUUGUCAGUGCCAGGUGUCAGAUAACAUUGUGCCUAUGGAUACCACCAUUGGCUUCUGUGGUCAUCACUCAGAACUCCAAGAAGUAGCUGGAAGGAACAGUCUAACCAUUUCCAAUCAAUCUACCUUGCAAUCAGGAAUGACUCUCACUUUGGGACACCCUCAAGAUGAAACAUCCCCAGUGAAAGACCAAGAGCGAUAUAAGUUCCCUGUCACUUCUACAGCCAAAGACAGUGAUCAACCAGGAAUGAAAGGAGAAAAUGCAGAUAGUCACCAGGCAGGACAGUAUCUCGACAUUGACAGUCUGAUGAACAUGGAUAAGACACCUGGAGAGAUGAUGCCCCAGACUCAUGAGUUAGAAAAGCCAGUGACAAACCAGCCUUCGGAGAACCCAGCAGAGAAAAGUGUAGAGGGAGACCUACCGCGGAAGAAGGGCUCACAGAAAUUAGUCAGGGUGAAGAGACCAGGGGCUAAAGGGAAACCCAGAAAGCCGAACACCAACCUGAAAGAAAAUGUAACAGAUGCCACGCUUAGCCUUCCAGGUCCUGGAGAAGUCAGGGAUCUUGAACUUAGCCAGGGCGAUACAAAAGAGAGUUUUCACAAAGAGGCUGAAGCUAUUCAUCUUAAUUCCCAAUUCCAUGGAGGAGAAUGUGCCAUUUCAACCCAAGCACAGCAAGAAACAGAAACCCUUCCAACGCCAAGAGAGUUACUUCCCAUAGAAGAAGAGACAAAAUUGAAGAAGAAAGGAAAGUGUACUAAAGGCCUACUGCAGACAGAUCAGGUGGCAAACCAACAUGCCCAUCCUCAGGUACAAAAAGAGGAAAGCAGUGCAGAGGGUACUACCGAAAACCACCUGCAAGGCUCUUCAGAACUCAUGAUAGAUUCUGAAUCUCUUCGGAAAGCUUCUUCCUUAAGUGGGACCAUAACGCACUUUGGGGACACUCUGCAAAGUAUCGGUGGAGGAGAUGGAUCGCUGGCCCAACACAUGCAGCUGGAGAGCUGCUCUCCAGGCCCACAACACAGUGAGAGACAAGAGCAAGAGAGUAACAUAUGCCAACCCAGAAGUCCCAGGGAAGACAAGCUAGAUGAGCAAAUCAGCUCUGAGGCCAGUCAUGAAAAUGCCUGUGAACUCUCAGCCCAUUACCAAAGGGUGAGUGAUGCUGAUCUUGGUGAGCAAGAGAGUCUCUACAUUGCUUUGGCAGAAGCUUCACAUGCUGAUCUGACUGCAGAACAUUCCCUCAGUUUGCCAAAGGAUGCAGAAGAACCCCUGGUUAGGGGACUCCAUGAAACAGGGGAUGCAGAUUUUCCCUCUUCAUUGCCAUGUGAUGAUAGUUUGCCUCAAGUGGGUUCAGAGCUGGCAGAAGGUCACUGUGGAGCAUCUGAUGUAUAUUUGCUCAGUGACAUGACAACAGAACAACUUUCUCAAGCACAAGAUGCUGACCUCCCUUGCCCAAUGUGUGAAAACAGAGAGGCAGGAGAUGCAAACACAACACCGUAUCCCACAAGCAUUUUCAUGGGGAAUAGGUUGGAAGCAGUAUAUGAAAAUGAUACAAAAGAAAAUAAAAUAGGUGACCAGAACUCUGUCAAAGAAUUGACUGGAAUUCUAGAAACAAACCAAGACAGUCUUAGCCCCAGUAACCUAGUCAGUGCGUGGAAGGCCCAGAAUUUUUCUUCAGAGAACAAUUGCCUUUCCCAACUCCAAGAAGCAGGUGAUGAGAGGCUCCUUCUCAGGAAUGAGGAUGAAACAGAGAUACCUCCUCUUUGUAGCAUGAUUGCAGAGCAUCCUGAACAGAAAUCAAAUGAGAUGCUGAGUGAAAAUAUCAGAGGUUCUCAGGUUUCCAGUAAUGGGGAAGAAACACCUGUUCUUGGAACUGUUCUUAAAAGCCAUCAGGUCAAAUACCUUGCUGUUUCAAUUGCUCAAAACAAUCACUCGAAAGGAACCGAAGAAAGUUUUCCUGGGGUGCCAGCUGGAAGCAUUGCUCAGCUUCCUUCUAAUGAACAGCCUGCCCCUGCUGGAAGUGACUGGGCAGCUAAGGCUGCAGAGCAGCUGACCCUCAAAGAUCCCCUUGGGACAGCAACUCAUCUACCCCAUCCACAGCUGCUACAAGGAGAGGAUUUUUUGAGCAAUUCCCUGGGUGCCAUUGCUGAUGGACUGACAAGUGAACGUCAGGGCUCUGAGAUUGCAGUGGCUGAAAGCUGGGAAGAGGAUUGUCAAGAGAAAGUGAGAAAGUCAGAGCAAAAUGGGCAUAAGGAGAUUCAACCUCACCAGGGUUCACUCUCUGAAGAGACCCUCCAGGGUGGCUUCUAUGCCACUGCAGCUGCAUGGGGGCAAAGUAGCCUGUUGCCACUGGGACAUUCAACAGAUAAUUGUGAGGAGGAGGGAGGGAAUUUGGGAGGCCCCAGUGCUGGAGUUACCAUGAUGAGUGAUGAAAGUGAUAGGCAGGCCUCCCAGAAGGUUCCACAUUCUCUAGAAAAUCUCCAGGAGGAGACUAACAAAAAUUCAGUGAACAGUAGUCAGGGAGACUGUGAGUCAGGAGGAUGGCAAAAAUCUCUAAUUUUGAUGGAUCUUAUUUCAGAGCCUUCACCACCGAUGCAGACAGUGGAUUCGGAAAGCAAAGUUGGUUCUGUGGUUUUGGACAAUGUCUGUGUGAUUUCUGAGGAACUUGGGGCAGACAAUUCGGUGCAAAAACUAGCCACAUCUGAAAUAGACACAUCCACUAGCCGUAAUCAGUCUGAUUCGGCAAUUAUUUGUUUUGAUGGGAAAACUCAAGAGAAAAAAGAUAUAAGAAAUAAUGUAUGUAUUUCUAUUCCUUCUCUCCAAUAUUUGAAAGAUGCCAGCAUCCUAGAAUCAUCAGUAGAUCCCGUAGAUGAAAACGAAACAUGUAUUGCAGCUCCACUAUUUAAAGGGGCCUUGGGUGGGGUCUCAGACAUCUCUGGGAAGAAAAACACUGACCAUAUAAAUAAAGCACAAGAGGAAGGACAGCCAAUAAAGGCCCAUCCCAUCUUGCUUCCACAGUUUUUGACUCACCCACAAAUCCUGGAAUCUUCUGUAGAUUUCACAGAUGGAUUAGGAGUUAUGGAGUGUGUUGGGACAGGAAAAUUAAUGACUUCUGAGUUUACAAUAGGGGUAAUUCCAGAGGAAGGGGAUUUGAAUACGGAAAGCUUUGGUCAGGAGGUGAAAGUCAAACCUGCCCUUUUGCAAGUUCCAUGUUAUAAGGAAGUUGAACAUGUUGGGGAAGGAAUUCCAUGUGCAGGGAAUGAGGGACAAAGCCAAGAGACUAUGGAGAGUGACUUAGGUGAGCCAGGUCACAAGGCCCAAGACAGUACUGCUGAUUGUAUUUCAGCAUCCUCAGUUCUUUCAAAUAGUCUUGUUGUACUAGUAACUGAUACUUCCAAUGAAAGAGAUACCAACAGUGCCAUAAGCCAAACACAAGAUGUGCCUGUGAAUGACUUAGUUGCACUGAAACAUCAUGAACGGAUUUGUACUAGUUCAAAGGAAUGUAAAAACACUGAGAAUGAAUGUGCCCCAAAUUUCUCACCUACCUUGCCUCCUUCAAGUGUGCCUGUUGCAUUAACCUCGACUUCAUUUCUAGAGGGAGAAGCCACACAUUUUGCAAAGGAUGGUAAAACAGAAGGGCUCACAACUAGAGAACCCAAGGCCACAAAUUCAUUGGGAUCCCCCGGAACCUUGGCAUUCAUUCCAGCAGAAUGUACCUCUAAAACGAGUCCUAAACGUCAAGACCAAGUGCCACCAAAUCACCGUCUGAAAGGCUCUUUACAAGCAACUGCACAAAAGGCAAGAGAGGAAAGGAAACAUUGUCAUAUGAUGCCCCCCAAAUCUAAAGUGCCAGAUUCUCUGGCACCAGCCCCUGAGGAAGGAAAUAAGAAGCAAGAAAUAUCUGGGACUGGGCAUUUAGCUGAGGGUGUGAAGAAGAAAAUUCUGUCCAAAGUGGCAGCUCUGAAAUUGCGCUUAGAAGAGAAAGAAAGGGCCAGAAAGAGCUCAAUUUUUAGUAAAAAGAUUCCCAAACCAGAAACACUCACUCAAAAUGAAGAGAAAAUAGACCCCUCAAAAUCAUCUUGCAAAAAAGAAGGCAAAGCUCCAGUGCUACUGAAGAAGAUCCAGGCUGAGAUGUUUCCUGAUCAUUCUGGAAAUAUAAAAUUAAGCUGUCAGUUUGCAGAAAUCCAUGAAGACUCCAACAUCUCGUGGACAAAAGAUUCUAAGUUAAUUGCAAAGGUUCAAAGAAGUGCAGGAGAUAAUUCAACUGUGUCAUUGGCCAUUGUUCAAGCAAGUAAAAAAGAUCAAGGCUUGUAUUAUUGUUGCCUCAGGAACAGUUAUGGGAAGGUGACAGCUGAAUUUAACCUGACUUCUGAAGUUCUGGGUCAGCUUUCAAGUCAUCAGGAUAUUAAAGAAUUUGAAGAUAUUGAAUUCAGCCAGCUUAUCUUCAGAGAAGACUUUAUCAGUGACAGCUAUUUUGGGGGCAACUUGCGUGGUCAGAUUGCAACAGAAGAACUCCACUUUGGAGAAGGGGUCCACCGCAAAGCCUUCAGAAGUAAAGUGAUGCAGGGCCUCACUCCCGUGUUCAGCCCUGGCCAUGCCUGUGUACUCAAAGUGCACAAUGCAAUUGCCUAUGGGACCAAAAACAAUGAUGAACUUGUCCAGAAGAACUACAAACUUGCUGCACAGGAAUGUUAUGUCCAAAAUACUGCCAGACAGUAUGCCAAGAUCUAUGCAGCUGAAGCCCAGCCUUUGGAAGGCUUUGGAGAAGUACCAGAGAUCAUUCCAAUCUUUCUUAUUCAUCGGCCUAAGAAUAACAUCCCAUAUGCCACUGUGGAGGAGGAGCUGAUCGGGGAGUUUGUGAAGUAUUCCAUAAGGGAUGGGAAGGAAAUCAACUUCCUGAGAAGAGAAUCAGAAGCUGGUCAGAAGUGCUGCACCUUUCAGCACUGGGUAUAUCAGAAAACAAGUGGCAGUCUGCUUGUCACUGAUAUGCAAGGUGUAGGAAUGAAGUUAACUGACGUUGGCAUAGCAACACUGGCGAAAGGGUACAAAGGUUUUAAAGGCAACUGUUCCAUGACCUUCAUUGAUCAGUUUAAAGCCCUGCACCAGUGUAAUAAGUAUUGUGAAAUGCUGGGGCUAAAAUCCCUUCAAACCAAUAACCAGAAACAGAGGAAACCAGUCAUUGGGAGAGGCAAAGUUCAGCCACCCGCCACCUCUGCCAAGAAGGCUGGGGCCAAUGCCCCCACAGAGAAGAAAACAGACUCCACAGUUAAGUCACCUGUGAGCAGAGAGUGAGAGAGAAGAGCAGAGACCUCAUGGAAGAGGGACUUCACAGUCAGUUAUAAGACUGUAGCUAUUCCCAGUUUCCAGUGCCUUCAGAUGCUUUGGAAACUCUGACCUGCUGUCCUCAUUGAAAUGUUAAGCAGGAGAGACUUACUGGGAAAGCAAACCAAACUGUCCACUGGAGUGAUAGUCAGUCCUCUCUUCAUACAAACUUUUCAGAAUUUUUACCAAUUUCACAUGUUUGUAUUUGUGGGUUUUGCACAUUGUUGUAUUAUCGAGGACUUGGUGCAAGGAUGGGACUAUCCCUUGUCCUAUUACCUUCCUUACUUCACUUCCCACUCAAAACUAGACCAGUGAGGCUAUGGCAUUCAGCUGCUAUAUAAACUUAAAAUAGGAAUGACUGACUCUCUAUAUUGAGAUUUUGCACUAGUGUUGAUUACUAGCCUUAUUGUUGAAAUUUUUCAGUAAUAAUGACCUUUUUCAUAAUUAUUUGCACAGUUGUUACCCUUAUGAAACUUUGACAACCAGGUGUACUUUUCUGUUUAAUUAAAUUCCUAUUUAAACAAAA